AUGAUAUACAUUUUUGCUGGCAAACUGUACUGGCUGUUAAACGAAAAAGACGGUUCCUUUGGCCGAGUCGCGCCGUCGCCCGAGUACCCUCGUGAGAUCGCCGACACUUGGCAGGGUGUGCCCGCCUCUGUGGACGCCGCUUUCACAGGCCUAAAUGGUGAGUUGGUAUCCUCACUUCGACCGACACAAAGAGCAACAAUGCGCGGCCGACCUGUAGGACGAAUAGGGAAAGCCACAUUCACCCAACUUCCGAUUGAGUGGGCUACAAAAAUAGACGAUUUGGAUUCACUUUAUUAA